AUGGCGAUAACAAAGAACGCGAUCAUCAGUUUCUUCAUGCUCGUGACCGUUUCUCUCUUCGUAGGAUGCGUGGGAACAACGCACAAGAUCGAGGGAUGGGCACCGGGUGUCGACUAUUACACAUGGGUCACGUCAAGACACUUCCAAGUGGGUGACUCUCUCGUCUUCGAGUACAACAAGGAUUUCCAUGACGUGACAGAAGUUGCGAGUCCUUUAGCUUUCGAGUUCUGCGACCUCUCUUCCACCAUAGCAAGAUACAAAACCGGUUAUGACGUGGUUAACCUCACACGUCCUGGUCGUUACUACUACGUCUGCGGAGCUCCUGUCACCCUCUAUGGGGACAACUAUCUGAGUUGGUCCAGAUCUGCUCGAAUGUUUCUCAAGAGCAAGGGAUGGUGGGACCAUGUCACCACAACCAAAAAUCUGGAUGACACACCUGAGGCUACGAUCUCUGAGGCUGACUCCAAGUGGCUCCAAGAAGACCACAUUGUAGUCACUGUGUUGCAGAGUUCGUUUGAAACCUCAAUUUUGACAUCCUUUAAUCACAUUGAAUCGGCGAAACUGCUUUGGGAUACUCUGAAGGAAGUGUUUGGGAAUGUCUCCAACAUCAACCGCAUAUACGAGGUUAAAAGCAAGAUUUCCUCACUUCGACAGGAAGAGAAAUCAUUCCAGAUUCACCUUGGAGAAUUCACAGCAUUCUGGUCAGAGUUUCGAGAACUCAGGCAGCCACCAACAGACCAAACAGAGCUUGCACAUCAUGAGCAAGACAAAAUCUUUGCUCUGCUUUUUUCUCUGAAUGGGUCCUACAAAGAUCUGAUUCAAUCCAUCCUGCGUGAACCUACCUUGCCCACCUUUAACGAGAUUUGUGCUCGCAUUAAGGAGGAGGAAGGGGGAAAGAGCUUGUUUUCUGGUACAAGCGAAAUUGUUCAUAAAGCCAGAGUAUUACCAGAUGAGUCUGCUUAUAAAGCUGGCCAAUUCCGAUCAAACAACGAUCGAAAAUCUCAUUUUUGUGAGUAUUGCAAACACAAAGGUCACCUAAAGGACAAGUGCUGGCAACUACACCCACAUCUCAAACCUCAAAGGUAUGCAAACACAAAAUCUUCGUUUAAAAGUGCCAGGUUAGCAGGAGACAGUGUCAUUGAAGCUCGCGAAGAAGGGCUAAUCACCAUCGACAACUCCCCGAAAACUACAUCUGGUGAAUAUGUCACUAAGAUGGACCUGGAAGCGAUGAUGCAACACUUCACCUCAAAUAUUUCCAAGAUGAUUGCAUCCAAAGAUCUUGGUAAUGUAGCUCUAACCUCCUUUGCUGAGAGUGAUCUGAUUAUUGAUUCAGGGGCGACAAGCCACAUGAUCUAUAAUCCAAAUCUGUUGUCUGAUAUUAAACAUACUCAUGGCUCGGUUUCAAUUGCUAAUGGUCAGACCAUACCUAUCAAAGGAACUGGAAAAUUGACUCUUUGUGCAAAAGAAACUGAUGCUCUUUAUGUUCCUGAUUUCACAAACAACCUCUUGUCAGUUUAUAAAGUAGCUAGAGAUCUCGAUUGCAAUGCUAUUUUUGGUCCUAAUGGUGUUAAGUUUCAGGAUAUUAAGACUGGAAGGAUCAUUGCUCAGGGAAGAACAGCAAAUGGAUUGUAUCUUCUCGAGAUGAACUCCAAACCUGCUGAAAUAGCUCUCAACUCCAUUUGGCAUGAUAGAUUAGGCAUUGUCAUGCAGUCUUUCCCAUUUCGAAAACUAUUUAUGAAAACUGUUUUGACUUGGUUCCAUAGCUAUAUUAAAACGCAGUACAAUGCCAAUCUGAAAUGUCUUCGCUCAGAUAAUGGUGGAGAAUUGCCUACCAGAAUUCUGCAGGAUCAGUCUCCAUUCGAGGUAUUGAAUAAGACACGACCUUCUCUUGAUUUCCUAAAGACUUUUGGGUGCCUUUGUUAUGUUCUUGUUUCAGAAAGCCAAAGAAGCAAAUUGGAUUCGAAGAGCUUAAAGGAUGUGAAGUUUCUGGAAGAACUUAGCUACUUUGAUAAGAAAGGAUGGACGAGUCUUGAAGUUGAAUCUGAAACCGUUCCAGAUUAUUCACAGACUCUGAAAGUUCUUCUUCAUAACGAUGAGAGUCAAAGCUUCCAUCAGACAGAUGACCAUCGGACUCAAGAACCUGUACCAGAACCAGGUAUCACUGAGGCACCUGUGUUUCCUAUUCCAGCUGACAAUCUUAAUUUCGAAAACAGGGAGGUUGAGGCACAACCGCAUCAAUCUUCUGAGCCUGACGAUGAACCAAGGUCUCCCAAUCUGAGGAGAGGUAUCAUAAUCCCUAGACCUCCUGUCAUCCCUUUGCGCCGAAGUACUAGACAGAGGAAGCCAUCGUUCAAACUAAGGGAUAGUGCUAAUAUGGUAACUCAUCCUAUUCAACAAUUCUGUUCUCUUAGUCAUUUACCACUUACUCAUCAGUGUUUCUUGAGUAAGAUAGAUCAGGGAAUUGAGCCCCAGACGUUUGAAGAAGCCAACAAACAGGAAGUAUGGCGUAAGGCCAUGGAAGAAGAAAUCUCGGCUUUACAGAAAAAUGGGACGUGGGACAUCGUUCCUUUCCACAACACAAACAAGCUAUCGAUUGUAGGUGGAUUAAAUAUCAAAGCAAUGGCGACAUAG